AGAAAAUGGGUAUCCAUAACAUGGAGUUGUCAGUGUUACUUUUCCUCGUGUUUAUCUCAGCAUCCGCAUUUGGAGAAUUAUUUUCAAUUACUCAAGGUGCAUCCAUGAUCCUCGGCCCACAACCAACUGUGUUAUCCACAGGAUCCAGUUUGGAAUGCGCUGUUCAAUGUAUGCUUAACAAUGACUGCAGUGCAUUUCUUUUUCAAGGAAACACCUAUGAAUGUUACCUUCUUGGCAUGUUACCAACGUCUUCAACCUCCAAGGAAAAUUAUUCAAACAGCACUACUGGAACAUUGUUCAUGUCUUCAAAAUAUCACCUGAGUGGAUUCCAGAAGCAAAACCAAUCAGGACAAUUCAUUAACUCCGCCCAAGACAUAAUUGUUGAUUCAGCUGGAGACUGUGCUCUUGCAUGCGGACGUACAGAAUCUUGCACAUCAUUCAGUGUGACACCAGUUGAGACCUCUCAGAAAAAGGGCAUGUUGUGCAGGAUCCCUCCUCCUGCGGAUACCUACUGGAAAGAAAACAAUGAAACAACUUUGUACUUUGAACCGCCUUUACCUUACUUAAGUGAGGUUCAGUUGGUAACAGAUGGAAAUUUCUACAAGGUGACAUAUGCCGUUGACGAGCUUCUGAUUACUGCUGACCUCAUUAAGAAAUGCGAGUUUUUUGGUGGAGCCCUUGCUCCAAUGUAUCCCCGCAAGAGGGCAGCAGCUAUAGAGGCUAUGCAUGUCAAAGCAUUUCCUGAUUCACUUAUUAAUGGCUGGUGGACUUCAGCUGUUGGAUUUGGAACAGCGGAUGGAAAGGUGUUCAUACCUGCAUACCAGCCUGCAGCUGAAGAGAUUCCAGCCGGCUUCUCUCAGGCUGAAGAUGGGAGGUACUACAAAAUAGUGACCAGUGCUUCUGGAGUGAGUCAACGUGACUCAUUACUGGAAUGUCAGGCAUUGGGAGGCACUUCCCUAGCAUUGCCGUAUCCCCAAAAAAGAGCAGAAAAAAUUGCCAAGUUGAUGCAAGCAGUUGGAGUGACCAGUGCCUGGACUAUUGGAAAAGGAACUGCAGCAGGAACCUUGGUAGUUGAAUACUCCGGAGAGUUGAAGCUGAUGCCAAAUGCCAAUGACCGCAACCAGGCCUGGUCCACGUCAUCAUCAAUCCCAAAUCCAGUCACUGCCUCUCAUUGUAUCACACUCAACAGAGACACUAAUACUGGAGCCCCGUUUUGGAACGCCAUGGAUUGCUCAUCCACUGUGGUCAAGUCUUACGUGUGUGAAGCCAGUCCCCCUUAUUUCCAGAUCCCGUCCACCAAACGCUGGUUCCGCAUGUCCUUGCAUCCCACUGGAAACCCCACAGGCAAGAUGUCCGCCGAGUGGUUCUGUCAACGCGACGGUGGUACUCUGGCACCAACCUACGGCCCAACCGGAUUGCCCACAUUGACCAAUGCUUUGUCAAUGGUCAUAGAGAAGACCGAUUUGUUUGUUUACGCUUGUGGGAACAACCUACUGAAUGGUUCUUGGUCCAUGUGCGGAGGGACAGUACAACCCAGUUUGAAGGAUAGCCAACGGGAUCUGCAAUUCUGGUUCCCAGGAGAACCCAGUGGAGAAGCAGGAAGUAACUUUUUGGCCCUCAAAUAUUCUACGCAACUCGGCACAUACGCUUGGGACGAUGCAGCUGUAUAUCAAAUCGGAUUCGUGUGUGGACUGCCUUAG